CGUUUCGAAGUCAUAUGUAUUUUCUCGUCACAAUUUUUUGUUCUUCCGAUUAAACGUUUCCUGAAAAAUUGCCCUGUUCGUCUAAAUUCAUCCAUCAGGGUCUUCGUACCGAAUAUAACCGAAAUGGUCAACUUCAGCAUACCUUCGACGAAUUUAUCUUCGGGCCGAAUCCCUCACAGGAGGGAAGAAGCCCAAGCCAACAUUGAAAAGAUGGAGACGGAUUUCUUCACCUCCUUCGGCUUUGAUCUGGCGGAAAUAAAGAGCGAACGAGACACGAAGUCCCACAAGUCGGCAAGUCAGGUCAGGACCGAUGCAGAAGAAGUAGCCGAUGCCGAGGAGAAAGAAGAAAUGCCUGAGAAGGCCUUCUUGACGGACACGUCUGCCGACAAGUUGGAAGAGCAGACCUACAGGACGGAUGAGUCGGCAGAAAAGGUGAACCGGUCGGCCGACAGGACCGACGCAUCGGUCAUUUCGUUAGAAAAGGAUGUUGAGUGGAAAUGCAUCUGCGAUCACACGAAAAACGCAAGGAUUUCCGACUUGUUCAGAAAAUUUGACGCAUUCAAAGAAGUCGGCGACACUCGCAUGAACAUUUGGAACGUCAGAAAAAGGCAGUACAUAUCAAAGUUUGGCCCUAGGCUUAAAGAUGAGAUUAGACGUACUGUACUACCACUUCCAGCCGAGCCAGUUAAAGAAAGGGAAAUCAAUGAAGAUACAAUCUGGCUUUCAGAUAUUGACAGACAACUUCUUCGGUUCAUCCAUAAGCCACCAAUAAGCAGGUUGAAAACCUUCAACAUGAAUAAAAUACCCGGAAAAGCGCAGCAUUCUAAUACUGAGAAAGAUGUUGAGGAACAAGCAGUCAUGGAAAGGUUUGAUCAUGUUCUUAAAUCAGCCAUAAAACGAGCUGAUCUUAUAUUUACUCAUGCUUUGAAAGAGCACUUAGUCAAACUGAGAAAUCUGGAGAGGCAAAAGUAUGAUACAAAACUUUCAAUUGAAACAGAAAACAUGAAAAAGGAGUUUGAGAACCUCAUGGACAGGACGCUAUCAAAGUUUAAAGACGAAUUAGAUAAACAGCACAGCUUAGAAAUUCAAAACCUCAAAAAUUCAAUGUCAUGCGAGCUUAAAAAUGCAGUAAAACAAAAAGAAGAAGAUAUUAAAAAAUUGUACGCUUUCGAUGCUGAAAUGAAAAUUUUGGAUAGUGUUGAAAAAGCGCAAGGAAAAAUGAGGGAUUUCCACCGCAGAUGUUGCCAAUGGAUGAGAAAAUUUCAAUCCCAGAUGAAAGCGGAAGAAAAAUACAAAGGGCACCUUACUAAUACAGCUUACACAAAGAAAACCUAUGAUCUUCUCAUAAAGCUUAAGAAACAGCAUAGAAAAAAUCUCUUGUCUUUGGAAAUGAAACAUCAAAAGAGAGAAAAAUCGCUCUUGACAAUCUUAGUCAACUUGAUGUGUGAUCUCGAUGAAUCAAACCAUUUGAAUGCAAUGCUAAACAAGGAGAAAACAGUGGGAAUGGAACUUAUUAAGGAAAUUAUGAGAGAAUACCAGAAAUUCAUCUCUUACACCCUAAAAGAAGAACCGGGUCAGGGUGAAUAUCUCUUAAGUUACCAACGAAUGUUCCAACUCCAAAUGGAUGAGAUAUUACAGGGAGAGGACCGAAACUCUGAAGCUUCCUCAGAAGAUGACGGAAAUCUUCUUUUGUCUAAGCUCAAAGUCAAGAUGGAUCAAAAGCAACGACCGCCUUCACAGAAGAGCUCGAGCGAUGAUGAUGCUUUGCUCAUCAACCGACCAGAUUUUACCGAAAGUUUUGUGAAAUUUAAAUCAGUUCAAAAGAUUGUCAAAGAAGCUGUUGACAAAGCCUUGGCGACGCCUAUGGACUCUGAAACUGAAAUUGGAAAACUGCUACAAACGAAAGACAAAGUUAAAGACCGUUUUGAAUGUACAUGCCCAGAAACGAACGAUCCUCCGCCUACGUACGAGUUCACAGAAGAUGAAUUGGACAGAAUCCCGUUCGGGGUGUCACUCGUAGGCCGCUACAUAUCAGCCCUUGAUUACCUGCUCAAAAAACGCGACUACAAGCCUGAUCAGCCAAUUGACAAACAAAAAUAUUUGUUAAAGAGGCAAAAGAAGAAAGCUAUAGAAAAGAAACUAGCUCAACAGAAAGAUGCUGAAGGUGAACUGAAAAUAGUCGGUAUGGCGCAAUCGAGCCACAACCUCACAUUUGAAGAGUUUAAAAAGAAAAGAAUUAAAUGUAUGGUUGAAGUGCUCAGAAAGCACCCAACUAUAGUGAAAAAAAUUCUCAUUUAAAAAAUAAAACCUUUUUAUGUCA